AAAAUAUAAAAAGUAUUCUUUGUAUUGGUUGUUAUUGGUACAGGCCAUCUUCUCCUGCAUCUCCCUAUAAAUGUUCAUCACAGGAAAAUAAGAAGAAACAAAACCAACAACCAUGGAUCUCAUUUCUCUUUACUUCUUCACUCUCCUACUCAUUCUAUUAGUGUCAUCAUUCCUUGCUUUUAUCAACAAGCGUUGCACCAACAAUCCAAAACUCCCACCGGGUUCAAUCGGGUACCCAAUCAUCGGGGAAACCUUCGAUUUCAGCCUCUCCGGACCCGAAAAAUUCAUCACCCAGAGAAUGCAAAACUACUCCAAAGAAGUAUUCAAAACCUCCAUGUUGGGGGAGAAAGUCGCCGUCGUUUGUGGGUCGCCCGGCAACAAAUUCGCCUUCUUCAGCGGCUCCAACUUCCUUCUCCCCUGGAUUCCAUACCCUGUUUCGAAGCUAUUCGAUUGGUUGGACUCAGAUGGCCGUUUAAUCAAGGAGUUUUACACCAAAGGCCGCCAUUUUCUUCACGAAAUCAUGAGGUACGAAGCUUUGAAACACUACAUCCCGAUUAUGGAUUCCAUGGCCCUUGAACAUUUAAACAAAGAUUGGGCUUCAUCUAACCAAGUCUCUGUUUAUCCCUCGACCCAAAAGUAUGUACUUUCACUUGCUUGUAAGUUGCUUCUGGGAUUGGAUGAUCCUGAUGAAGUGCGAGAUUUUUCUGAGCUCUUCACACGAACGAUACCUGGAUUGUUUUCGGUUCCGAUUAAUUUUCCAGGGACGUCUUACCAUCGUUCUAUUAAAAAGGUUAAAAAGCUGAAAUUGGAGCUGUUGAAGAUUGUAGAGGCCAGGAAAAAGAUGAUUCCAGAGUUAAAGGAAAAGGAAAAGGCGGGAUCAGGUUUUGUGGACAUAUUGUCUCGAAUGUUGUUGGAAGGAAAAGACCAUUUCAAGGCAGACAUGGAGAUCGUCAAUAAUCUUAUCAGCUUUUUACUUCCAAGUUAUGAAGGGAUCACAGCCACCAUCACUGUUACCUUAAAUUAUCUCGCCGAACUUCCUCAUGUGUACGAUGCCGUUUACAAUGAACAUCUGAACAUUGCCAAGGGAAAAUCUCCAGAAGAGACGCUGAAUUGGGAAGAUGUGCUACAAAUGAAAUAUUCUUGGAACGUGGUACGUGAAGCUAUGAGGCUUGUACCACCUGCCUUCGGGAAUUUCAGAGAGGCUAAAAUUGACCUCAAGUUUGCAGGGUACACAAUUCCAAGAGGGUGGAAGAUUCUUUGGAGUCCGUUUACUACAAACAGAGAUCCUCAGUACUUUGAAAAUCCAGAGACUUUCGAUCCCCAAAGGCAUGAUCGCGAUGUGUUACAACCGAGCAGCUUUGCACCAUUCGGUGGAGGAACUCAGAUGUGCCCUGGAAAAGACUUCGCCAAAUUCCUGAUACUGGUAUUCAUGUAUAACGUGGUGACAAAAUUUAAGUUCAAAAAACUGAAUCCUGAUGAGAAGAUUGUAUACAUCUUAGGUCCUAGGCCUGAAAAUGGCCUUCAAGUGCUACUUCAACAACACUGAGAAUGAUAUACUUAUGUAAUUUUUAUCAAAGAAAUUAAGCUAGUCACUAUGGAUUGACGCAUAUUGCAGUACUUUGGUAUUGUUUUUAGAACAAGUAGAGCUAGCUGAAACACGUGUGCAAAUUGCAAGAACUUUUGGUUCAAAAACUUUUGUACUCUUGUUUUAAGGGAAGAGUGCUAUGCAAUACAUGAAAGCAAAUCUUGCCUUGUCUAAAGAUACAAAAGACUUUAAACUGCUUAGCCC